CGCAUACAUUGUGAAUUUGCGCAUAAUUUCAAUUACUGCGCAACUUAUGUAAUUAUAUUCACCUUCUGGACGAAAUACACUGACACAUAUUGAUUCUCAUUUGACUGCUUUAUUGGGAACAGUAGUUGGUAGAUAGAUUUGUCAUUACUAUGUCUGAAUUUGAAUUGCCCCUAAAUUGCUCAUUCCAUUUCGUCCGCAUAGUUGUGGUGUUUUGCGCGAUUUAAUUUCCCUUUCAUUCCCAAAUCCUUGCCAUUUCAUUUCUUGCUUCCUUGAAACCUAGAGCAACGGACUUAUUUUCAUUUCAGACGACGUUGGAGAUUAUGGCCGCAGUUGAAGAGGGGGCUCUAUUGAGACCAAGCACUAUUAAUGUAACUUCGGACGUUGGCACUUAUUAUAAAAUCAAGUAUUUAGACAAAGUGAAGAAAAAUUUAAAGGAUAAAGGUGGUGAACAAUUGUUAAAUAGAUUUUUACGGGGUUGUUUUGGACAUUUAUUGGAUUGGAAUCCUGGUCCGAAAUGUGCAAUGGCCGUUCAUCAAGUAGUCUCUCGCCAAAUAAAGUCAAGCCGUGAUGGUCUUUUCUUUUUAUUGAAUAAUACGAGAGUUCAUUUUUCGAAGAGGGGUUAUGCUUUAGUGACUGGUCUUAAUUUUGGUGAUUUUAAUGUAGAUAUGUCGCGUAAUCAUGAUUUGAGUGGAGUGGAAGUGUUUAAUAAAUUUAAUUGUGGUGAGUCUCAUGUGAAACUAUCAACCCUCAUUGAUCUUUUUGAGAAUUUUGAAAUUGAUGAUGAGGAUGGUAGUUUAUACUUGAGGAUUGCCUACAUUAUAGUCCUAUAUGGCAUGCUUGUAGGUUAUGAGACUGAUAAAACAAUUGAGCAUUGGGUUUGGGCAUUGGUAGAUGAUCUUGAUGCAUUUAACCAAUUUCUGUGGGGGGGCGUAUACGUAUAA